AUGACGUUGGAAGACCAUGUGAUUCACCUUAAAUCUGUGUUGGAUGUUCUACGAAAAGAAACCUUUUAUGCUAAUCUUAAGAACUGCACCUUCUGUUCUGACAAAGUUAUUUUUCUAGGUUUUGUAGUUAGCUCGAAGGGCUUGGAAGUGGAACAAGAAAAGAUCAAGGCUAUUCAAGAGUGGCCAAGACUUACGAACGUUAGCCAAGUUCGAAGCUUCCAUGGUUUGGCAAGCUUUUAUCGGUGUUUCGUGCCCAACUUCAGCAUUAUAGCUGCACCUUUGACAAGUGUUAGAAUCGGGGCUAUGCUAACCCAAGACGGAAGGCCUGUGGCAUAUUUCAGUGAGAAGUUAAAUGGUGCUGCACUUAACUACCCCAUUUAUGACAAAGAAAUGUACCGCACUCAUUCGAGUUCUAGAGACGUGGCAGCACUACCUAUGGCCAAAGGAGUUCGUGAUUCACUCUGA